AAAUAGGUGCUUUUACUAAUAAUUGAAAUAUUGGUCUAUGUUUAGAAUUUUCGCUGUCUUUUGAAUAAGUGCAACACCACUUUGUUUGAACCGUCACACUGAAGCUUAGCGCGGACAUAUUGCUUUUUCCCCAUCCUGAUGACGGAUGAUUAUUCUAACACCGUGACUUCUGAAAGUCAAAUCACAGAGAGUGGAGACCAGCGGGAUGGCAGAGUCGGCAGUGCGAUAGCUUCGAAUUCUGUAACGUCUGCUGUUGAGGCUCCUGACUAUUUGGAGAACUUCAACAUCGAUACAGGAAAUGAAUCGGGAGAACCCGAUGUUCCUCAUUACAUCGUCAAUUUGAAUAUGUUUAACACCUCAGGUGAUAUGAAUGCUAUGAGUACAUUGCCUGUCAAUACAUCCCCUGGGGUAGGUGAGUCGUCUACUUCACUACAAACACCAAAUGCGGAUUCAACCAUUAAUGACAACGUUGGUUUUAUGUGUGGAAUUAAUUCUACUGGGAGAUCCCAACAGUUUUUCAUACCUGCAAUGCGUUCUAAAACACGUGGUCGUGGGCGGUUUUCCUCUGUCCCGUUAGAUGAUGUAAUGGAGAAGAAGAUACGCACAUACGAAGGGAAGGAUUGUGUACAAGAGUUGGCAAAGUUAUUAAAAUUGUUCCCCCGUUUUAAGAGGGCAUACGUUAAUCGUGUUUUCACGCGCAAUAUGCUUAGCUAUGAAAAGAGUUACGAGCAGUUAAAAGAGGAAGACGAUCGUGAACGGGAAAGGUGUGCGAAAGUACGCCUUAUUCAAGCACCGAAAGCUGAAUCCAAACGAUCAGAUUCAAAGACUCCUUCGCGUCCUGAGUUACCUCUACAGUCACAAGCCUUCUUAUGCAUGGGGUUGCCUUUGGGUCGUUGUCCUCCACAUGUUGCCAAUUCACUUUAUCGUCGAGUUAUUGUGACACCUGAAGGCACUGUUGAAUCCGCUGAUGAACAUGAACAGAAAUUCUUGGAUUCGACAGGUUUAUCAAGUUCUUUAUCAGAAUCACCAUCUUCACACUUUGAACCACCUCGGCCUAGACCAUCCUUGUUCAGUGGGCUGAAAUUGUCGCCAAUGUCAACUGUUUUGCCUCCCAUUCAUCAAAUUGCUCAGUUUAGACACUCUCCACCACCCAGACCUUCAGAAGGACAGGCAUCAACAAUGCAGGAUACUACUACUACUACCACUACUACUACUACUAACAAUAAUAAUAAUAAUACCAACAAUAAUGAUGAUAAUAGCGUUCAAGGACAAAAUUCUGAAGAGACAACAACAACUCCACAACAGGGUAAUAAAUUCUUUCGUACAGAUCAUGUCGGUGAAGCACAAAAGAAGAAACGUGGUUAUAUUAAUAGAGAGAUGCGAACAGCUACAGUUAGCACACCUGUUAGUCGAACUAACACAACAGCAACUGCAGCAGCUAAAUCUGACAUGGAUAGUGAUGAUUCUAGUCGGAAGUCAGGCGAUGCUGGAAAGUAUAUGGCUAAAGUUGGUGUUGUAAGUAAUUCAGUAACUCGCAAACGACCUGAUCGUCGUGGGAAAUCUGUCCGACAGAAAAUGUCUACAGAAGCUGAGAAUACUAGCAAGGAAACGGCUAUUCCACCCGCUGUUGAGCCAGUUACAGAAGAUGAUGGUCUUGACCUUACCAAUGAAGAGCGCCGUCAUCUCCUUUCCUUUUUCAAUGACGCUGUAAUGGAAGAACUUACCCUAAUGCCAGGUUGUUCACGAAAAACUGCACAAGCAAUUAUCAAUAUGCGUCCGUUUAAAAGUACCAAAGAUGUGGUUACCCAAUUAUCAGGAGUUCGUCAUCUUUCUUCCAACCUGUAUGAAAGCUGUAAGGAUAUUUUAGUCGUCCGUUCCUCGGUUAUCCAGCUACUGAAUAGAUGUGAACGUCUAACUGAACAAGUUGCCGCGCAUGCAGCACGUUUGCUUGAAAAUACUAUCAGCUUGCCUGAAAGUGCUACUACAGAUCAGAACCAAUCCGAUGGAAUUAGUCAUGAAAGGGAUGAUUUUGUUGUAAACAAAGUGAAUGGAGGCCCUAUACAAUUUUUGACUCAGCAGCCCGCUAUUCUUAAUCCUUUGCGUGAAUUAAAACCGUAUCAACUUGUCGGUCUCAACUGGCUCCGUCUAUUGCACCAUGAACAAGUCAAUGGAAUACUAGCAGAUGAGAUGGGUUUGGGGAAAACUGUCCAAGCUAUCGCUUUUCUAGCCAGUCUGUGGGAGAAUGGAAAUCGUGGUCCCCAUCUCAUCAUUUGUCCGAGUUCCACACAGGAUAACUGGCAACGAGAAUUGAGUCUUUGGUGUCCUCAUUUAAAAGUACUUGUCUAUCAAGGAUCUGCAGAGCAGCGGAAAGCUAUUCGUUUAAAAAUCUAUGAGUCUGAAGCCCAACCUGAUUUCAAUGUUUUGCUAACUAGCUAUGCUGUCGGGACUAGUGCUAUCGAAGACAGAGCCUUAAUGAAACGAGUCAAUUUCUAUUAUGGUAUCUUUGAUGAAGCACACAUGCUAAAGAACAUGACAUCCCAACGUUAUCGAAAUUUAAUGAAUUUCAAUGUCCAACGGCGUCUACUUCUUACCGGGACACCACUUCAAAACAAUCUAAUGGAACUUGUAUCUCUACUGUCAUUUGUUAUGCCGGAGAUGUUUCUCAAAAGCACAGAUUUACUGAAACGGAUUUUCCAGAUUUAUUCGAAGCCUAUGAAUUCUCGGGAUAAUGAACAAGCAGCUGAUAAUAGUAGUGUUGUUGUGCGAAGCACUUUUGAACAAGAGCGUCUAAUUCAAGCGAAAAAUCUACUUCAGCCGUUUUGUUUACGACGAUUGAAGUCACAGGUUCUUAGUCAACUUCCUCCGAAGACCACUGAAGUGGUUUUAGUGCCUAUGACAAAAUCCCAAACGAAUCAUUACUAUGAUCUGGUUAAACGAUUCCGUUCUCAGCGAAUUUCUGCUAAAGAUACAAGCAAUGGUCAAGAUACAUCCCUACUAUUGAAAAAUGCAUGUGAAGAUGGUGAUGAAAAUGCUAAUCCAGAUGUUAGUGAUCAUACUUUGAAGAAAAAACCUCGUUUCGAUAAUCAUUCACCCACAACAACAACAACAACAACUACUACUACUACUACAGUGAAUGGCACAAAAUCAUUCCCAGUUCCCUCCAAAGCAGCUUCAGAAUCCCCUCAGUCCCCAUGUAAUAUGGUUAUGGUAUUACGCAAGGCAGCAAAUCACUUAACUCUUUUCUCCGGAUUAGCAUACACUGACUCAAAUUUACGGGAUAUUGCUGAGUCUUUACAUCUAGAUCCAAGUUUCUCCAAUGCUGAUCCUAAUCUCAUAUAUGAAGACCUUUUGACAAUGAGCGAUCAUCAAGUUCACAAACUCUGCCAAUUUUAUGAGGUAUUAUCUCCUUAUGCUCUGCCUACAGAGUCAAUAAUUUCUGGAUCUGGAAAGAUCGAAUGGUUGAAUAAUAACCUGCCUAAAUUGAUCUCUGAAGGACAUCGUAUUUUAAUAUUUAGCCAAUUUGUUAUUAUGCUGGAUAUAUUAGAAGAGUUUUUGAGAACAACAAACAGACGUUAUAUACGAUUGGAUGGAGCAACCCCUGUCGCUGAAAGACAAACCCUAAUCGAUCGUUUUAAUAGCUCAUCCAUUGAAGUUUUUCUGCUAUCUACACGUGCCGGUGGACUAGGCAUCAAUUUGACAGGUGCAGAUACUGUAAUUAUCCACGAUAUUGACUUCAAUCCAUAUAACGAUAGACAAGCUGAGGAUCGUUGUCAUCGGCUAGGCCAGAAAAAUCCUGUUCAUGUCAUACGGCUAGUCGCCGAAGGCACUAUUGAAGAGGGUAUACUGCGCCGGGCAUCGGAGAAAUUACAAAUGGAGCGAAAUGUAACUGGUUGCGAGUCGUCUGAGAAUGUUGAUCAAAUUGAUGAUGAGGACGAGACUACUCGUGUUGGUGUUGGUGCUGGCGGUCCCCGAAACAGGAAGUCAAAGUCCACUGGUUCAAUACCAUGCUCCAGUCUUGACGGUAUGACAGAGAAUGAAAAUGUUUUCAAAGUCCUGGGCAAUUGGAAUUCACCUGUCACAGAUAUCAGUUUAUCCAAUACUACUACUACUACUCCAAUGUCCUCAAAUCGAAUCAGUGAAAGAGAUGUUUCUUUUCUACUUUCAGAUGCUUUAAAGUUGUAGCUAUUAAUUAUAUUAUAUAAACAUUUUUAUUUACUUUUUCAGUGUUUCAUAAAAAAAUAAUAAAUAAAUAAAAAUAAAAUAAAAAUAAGCGACAACUUUAACCGAUUUAUAUGUAUAAACGAUGUGUGUGUGUUUUACCUGCACAAGCCCCACUGUUAUCCUUUUUCUGUUGUGUAUUAAUUAGUCCAGUGAUAUCAGUGGUUGAAUAUAUACACAUUCAAAUAUUUAUAUUUAUAUAAAGAUACAUAUACAUAUACAUAUUCCUGUAUUAACAACAGAUGAAUGAAAAUAAAUCCAGUUUUUGUGAAUAUUCAUAUACAUAUAUACAUAGUAGUUAACGGUCUCGACGAUGAUGUUGAUUAUACUGAUGAUAACGAUGAUUACACAGUGUUGAUGAUUUUUCUUCUAGAGAGGAUAUAAACAAACAAACAAAAGAAAGAAAGAAAGAGUGAACGGAAAUUGGUUAUCGUUCUUUAGACACACACACACACACCCAUGUAAAUUGACUCCAUUUUCUCUCUCUCUCUCUCUUGUUGUUGGCAAAUUCAAACUUUUCCUGUGUAUCAUUCUCUCUUUCUCCACCAAAAAAAAUCUAUUUUGCCUAAAAUAUUUUGUGCUUCGGUUUUGUGUGUUUCCUUUUUUUUCUAACUAAGUAUUGAAUUUUUUAUCGCACAUUGCUCAUGUAUUAUUUAUGUAAUCUUUUAGAAGUGUUCAACAAGUGCGUAUAAUGAACUUGUAGUGUGAAGUGUUUCGUUCGUUUAUUUGUGUGUGUGUGUGCGUGCGCGCGUACGUGUUUGUGCACACAGCAUUUAUGAUUGGAUUAUUUAGUUACUCGCGAAUCAUGAUUCAGGUUAUGUGUUC